CCGGAUUCGGGCAAACAGGGAGUGCCGCUCUUCCAUUCUUGACUGGCGUAAUCGCGUCCAAGGCUGGCAUCCGCUCUCUUCAGCCUUUGCUUAUAUCCAUGAUGGCUGUGUUUCCAGUCAUUUGGGCGAUGGUCCCCAUCUCUCGGCGCAUCGACUGAUUUCUUCGGGAGUAAUAUCUUGUGGUGCUUUAAAUCGUGUGAUAGUAUCGUAUACUCAAAAUAUCGAGCCCGUUUGCCGUAGUCCAU